UGGGCGGAGCGCGCAGCCGCGUAGCGGCGGGACGAGUGCGGGGCUCCAAAGUCCGGCGGCAGAGCUCGUGGAGGAGACCAUGGGGCGAGCUGUCGCGGAGCUCGUUUCCUCGCUGCUAGGGCUGUGGCUGCUGCUGUGCUGCUGGGGCUGCCCCGAGGGCGCGGAGCUGCGUGCCCCGCCAGAUAAGAUCGCGAUUAUUGGAGCCGGAAUUGGUGGCACUUCAGCAGCCUAUUACCUGCGGCAGAAAUUUGGGAAAGAUGUGAAGAUUGACCUGUUUGAAAGAGAAGAGGUCGGGGGCCGCCUGGCUACCAUGAUGGUGCAGGGGCAAGACUAUGAGGCAGGAGGUUCUGUCAUCCAUCCUUUAAAUCUGCACAUGAAGCGUUUUGUCAAAGACCUGGGUCUCUCUUCUGUUCAGGCCUCUGGUGGCCUACUGGGGAUAUAUAAUGGAGAGAGUCUGGUAUUUGAGGAGAGCAACUGGUUCAUAAUUAACAUGAUUAAAUUAGUUUGGCGCUAUGGAUUUCAGUCCCUUCGUAUGCACAUGUGGGUAGAGGACGUGUUAGACAAGUUCAUGAGGAUCUACCGCUACCAAUCUCAUGACUAUGCCUUCAGUAGUGUAGAAAAAUUACUACAUGCUCUAGGGGGAGAUGAAUUCCUUGGAAUGCUUAACCGAACACUUCUUGAAACCUUGCAGAAGGCUGGCUUCUCUGAGAAAUUCCUCAAUGAAAUGAUAGCGCCUGUUAUGAGGGUCAAUUAUGGCCAAAGCACAGACAUCAAUGCCUUUGUGGGGGCAGUGUCAUUGUCCUGUUCUGAUUCUGGCCUUUGGGCAGUAGAAGGUGGCAAUAAACUUGUUUGCUCAGGGCUCCUGCAGGCAUCCAAAAGCAAUCUUAUAUCUGGCUCAGUAAUGUACAUAGAAGAGAAAACAAAGACCAAACACACAGGAAACCCAACAAAGAUGUAUGAAGUGGUCUACCAAAUUGGAACUGAGACUCGUUCAGACUUCUAUGACAUCGUCUUGGUGGCCACUCCAUUGAAUCGAAAAAUGUCCGGUAUUACUUUUCUCAACUUUGAUCCUCCAAUUGAGGAAUUCCAUCAAUACUACCAGAAUAUAGUGACAACUUUAGUUAAGGGGGAAUUGAAUACAUCUAUCUUUAGCUCUAGGCCCAUAGAUAAAUUUGGCCUUAGUACAGUUUUAACCACUGAUAAUUCAGAUUUGUUCAUUAACAGUAUUGGUAUUGUGUCCUCUGUGAGAGAAAAGGAAAAUCCUGAGUCAUCAACAGAUGGAACACAUGUUUGGAAGAUGUUUUCUCAAGAAACUCUUACUAAAGCGCAAAUUGUAAAGCUCUUUCUGUCCUAUGAUGAUGCUGUGAAGAAGCCAUGGCUUGCCUAUCCUCGCUAUAAGCCCCCAGAGAAAUGCCCCCCUAUCAUUCUCCACGAUCGACUUUAUUACCUCAAUGGCAUAGAGUGUGCAGCGAGUGCCAUGGAAAUGAGUGCCAUUGCAGCCCACAACGCCGCGCUCCUUGCCUAUCACCGCUGGAACGGGCACACAGACAUGAUUGACCAGGAUGGCUUAUAUGAGAAACUUAAAACUGAGCUAUGAAAUGACACAUUCUUUUUUCCCCUCCUAGUUCCAAAUGACUAUCAGUGGCAAAAAAGAACAAAAUCUGAGCAGAGAUGAUUUUGAACCAAAUAUUUUGCCAUUACCAUUGUUUAACAGAAGUAAUCCCUGCUAGUCAUAAGAAAACACAAGGUUCUAAUUAAGUGUGAAAGUGUAACUAUUGCACUUAUUCCGUCUCCAAAGUUUCUUAUUCUUUCACUAUCCAUUGGGAGUGUUUCUUUUUUUUUUUGAGACAGAGUCUAACUCAGUCACCCAGGCUGGAGUGCAAUGGUGCGAUCUCGGCUCACUGCAACCUCUGCCUCUCAGGUUCAAGCAAUUCUCUUGCCUCAGCCUCCUGAAUAGCUGGGAUUACAGGCACGUGCCACGGCGCCCAGCUAAUUUUUGUAUUUUUAGGAGAGACGUGGUUUCAACAUCUUGGCCAGGGUGGUCUUGAACUCGUGACUUCGUGAUCCACCCGCCUUGGCCUCCCAAAGUGCUGGGAUUACAGGUGUGAGCCACCGUGCCUGGCCGGGAGUGUUUCUUAAGCUUGUCUGAUAAGAAUUACCUGGAGUUAGGUGGUGGUGGUUGCAGUGAGCCGAGAUCGUGCCAUUGCACUCCAGCCUGGGCAACAAGAGCAAAACUCCGUCUUAAAAAGUAAAAAUAAAAAGAAUCACCUGGAGUUUGUUAAACCAUAUGGAUUCUCAGGCUCCUCUCUUGGAGAUUCUGAUUCAGUAGGUCUGGGGGUGGGGCCCUGGAUUUUGAUCAAAAUUGUAGAGCAUUUUAAGGUGAGUACCUGAGGGAGAACUUAAACACAUCUUAUGUGGGGAGUAGUCCUUUUGAACUUUACAGCCAGAUGUAUUCUUCAGUCAGAUAAAAUUUAUGGGAGCUGGUGUCUUAUGCCUGACUCUUAGUAAUUUCAUACCUAAGAGUCUGAAAGUUUGAAGUACAUGUGCUCAAACUAGAAUGUUGUCUUACGAUUCUUCUAUCUUGAUUUAAUUAGGGGUGUAAUUUAGAAGUCUUAGUAAUGUAACUUUAAGAUGUUAAACAAAAAUCUCAAAAUGAAAAGCAAAUAUGGGCUAAUGAAUUGUGAAACUGGCAUUCUAUUAUUAAAUCCUUACUUCAGGAGCUUUAAAAAAUACUGAGAGACCCCCAUAACUAGAGGUGCAGAUUCAAAGAUUGAGGAUAGGACCUUAGGACUGUAGCUUUUAAAAGUUUCUAAUGUGCACCCAGGGUUGAGAAUCACUAAUGUGGGGGUGAAAACGUCUACAAAGGGGUUUUAGUGCCUUAGAAAUUCUAAGAAACACAAUCUGUAUCAAAGCAGAUCCAUUUUGCAAGGAAUGAUUUCUCUCAAUAAGAACUUUAGAAGUAAUUAUGACAGUAAGAAGCAUGGACAGUCUAACAGCAGAGGCAACUUAAAUAACUCCAGAGCAGUUGGCACUAGAACAGAAUACUUGGAAUGACACCAAGCUUAACCAAGUCCAGCAUAUGUCCAGAGUGUUAAGUGUUUCAGUUACUGUAGCAUUCUGGGUGAGAAAUUGGUUGCUGAAAUCUUAAGACAGUGGCUCUCAAUCUUGGCUGCACAUUGAAUUCACCUGUAGGGUUUUAAAGCAUCCCGAAUGGUAAUAACAUGAAGCCAAACUCGAGAACUAGUUCUGCAUCUGCUAUACAAAGAUCUGAUUGACUGGUCAGAUGCUGGUAGAACAGAACAAGUAAAAGAUUAAGAAUUUGAAACCAAUUUAACAUGUAUUGUUAUUGAAACAUAAAUAAAUAAAAAGGCCUAGACCAGCCUGGGCAACAUGGUGAAACCCCAUCUCUACAAAAAAUUUCUGGUUAGCCAGGCAUGGUAAUGCACGCCUGUAGUCCCAGCUGCUCAGAAGGCUGAGGUGGGAGGAUCACUUGAGCCUUGGAGGUCAAGGCUGCAGUUAGUCAUGAUCAUGCCACUGUACUCCAGCCUGGGCAACAGUGAGACCAUCUAAAAAAAAAAAAGAAAUCCUUCCAUUGAAUGGAAACUUAAAAAAGUCCUUCAUAAGAUCAUGGCAUUAGCUACUUUAACAAAAUAGUGUAAGAACAUUGGCUCUGAGUAAAAGUGACUUCUCUACCAGUUGUGAAUGUUAUUAUGCUGAUAAAACUGCCAAGAUAUAUUUGAUAGGCAGGGAUUAAACUCAUGGUUUGUCAAUGGCGUUUUUUUUUUUUUUAGUUUUAUUCUUAAGAGAUGUUAAGAGGUAUUCAUAUUUGUUUCCUUUUGUGGUUUUAAUGAAGACAAUGUGUAAAGAAUGUAAUACUGUUAUGUGUACGUUAAAUAUUGGUAAAUACUAAUUAAUUUCUUCAUUUGUAGACUUGUUUUGCAAUGGCAUAUAUUUUUACUUAGAAGAAUACCAGUUUAGGUGAGGCAUGGUGGUUUAUGCCUGUAAUCCUAGCACUUUGGGAGGCCAAGGCAGGUGGAUCAAGAGGUGGGGAGAUCAAGACCAUCCUGGCCAACAUGGUGAAACCCCACCUCUACUAAAAAUAGGCCGAGGCAGGAGAAUCGCUUGAACUGGGAGGUGGAGGUUGCAGUGAACUAAGAUUGAACCACUGUGCACCAGCCUGGUGACAGAGCAAGACUCUGUCUUAAAAAAACAAAACAAAACACCAAUUUAGGCUGGGUGCGGUGGCUCAUACCUGUAAUCCCAGUACUUUGGGAGGCUGAGGUGGGUGGAUCUCUUGAGGUAAGGAGUUUGCCUGGCCAGCAUAGUGAAACCACUUUACUAAAACUUCAAAAAUUAGCCAGCCUGGUGAUAGGUGCCUGUAAUCCCAGCUACUGGAGAGGCCGAGACUUGAUAAUUACUUAAACUUGGGAGAUGGAGGUUGCAGUGAGUAGAGAUUGUACCACUCACUCCAGCCUGGGCAACAGUGAUACUGUGUCUCAAAAAAAAAAAAAAAAAAAAAAAAUUAAAAUGUUGCUGGUAUUAUAUCCAACCUACUCUGGAUAAAUUUUCCAGUAGGGCAUCUGAAAUUACUUUGGCAAAACCAAAACAGGUUAUCAAUAUACCAAGGAUAUUAAGUAGUUUUAAUGCAACUACAGUAUUACUUUUUUACUGGGAGAAAAAUACUAGCAGAGCCUGCUACUCCAGGCACAUUAGGUAGUUUUAUGCAACUGUAGUGUUAAAGUAAGAGUUUUAUUGGAAGAAAAAAAAGCUCUACAUUGUCAGAACUUGCUGCUCCAGACCACUCUAUUUUUUUUUAACACAAGAGACUGGUAAAAAUGAUGCAGGGGCUGAAUGAAAAGCCAGCUCUGCCCCAGUGGUUCUCUAGCUAGUUGAGCAUGCUUGUUACCUGCAGGACUAACAUCUCUGGGCUCCACCGUUUGUUUAUUCAAUAAGUUUACUGUGGCACACAAGAAGUUACACUUUAUAAGUUCCCCUGUGAUGCUGCUGUUCUACUUAUGGAAACCACACUUGAAGUAUUUCUACAAUUCAGCUCUACAUUGCUGCAAAAGAAAAAAGUCAGUGAAGAUUUACCAAGAGUAACAGUGUAUGGGACUUCACAUCAGUUUUCCUUCUUGAAAUUGUUAGUUUGAUCCCUCUGGUUGUUCUUUUGUUGUAAACAUUUUCUAUAAUUAGGAAAUGACAUUUAAGAGUGAGAAAGGUUUAUAUAUAUAUGAGCCAUUCAUUGUGUUUGGUGUUUUACAGAACUUUACAUACUGUGUAUAUUUCAUUCUGUACAGUUUUAAAGUGAUUCAUCAUGAUUUGCAGGCUUUUUAUCAGAUUACAAAAAAAUCAGCCUUAAGCAUUUGCUUGGUAAAGUUUCUUAAGAUUAGGUUUAUAAUACAACCAUCUGUAAUGUAUCUCUCAUUUAAGGUUGUGGGCCAUAAAAUUCAUUAACUAGAUAAAUACAUUGUGGACAGCAUCCUCACUACCCUUCCCCUUCUCUACUCACAAAGAACCACGAUACACUGGAAUGUUUUUCUUUGGAAUCCUCUUUCUACUCUUGUAUUAAAAUUCCCCCCCACUUAAUGAUUAUGUUCAAAAUAAACAACUGCAUCACCAUUA